AUGCCGCAACACUCAAUAUCAACGUCUGAUCACUCAAAGGCUGAAAAGGUUUGCAAGCGUGUAUGUAAGGCAUGUGAUCGGUGUCGUUUGAAGAAAUCCAAGUGUGACGGGCUCAGCCCAUGUUCACGCUGUCGAGCAGAUGACGCUGUCUGUCUUUUUGGGCAACGAAAGAAGACUCAUGAGAAAGUAUACCCAAAGGGAUACGCUGAGAUGCUUGAACAGCAACAAGCCUGGCUGGUUCAUGGCCUCAGGGAAUUUUACCGGCGAAUCACUACAGGGGAAGCCUGGCCUGGAGACCUGCUAGAGCCUGAGUCCAAUGGCCAUCCGCUCACUCAUGACCUACUUGCUCGUCUCGGUGCUCUCAAUCACUCCAUGGGUGACCGGUUUGAGGAAAACCCCGACUACUUGUUGUUCCAGGAUUCAUCAAAGAAACAAUCUGAGAUUAUUCUUCCAUCAAGUCUCCCAUCCGACGCAAUUUUUCAACAUUCGAUGCCGCCGACGCCUCCAACGUACUAUACUAGCCCCUCCACUCCCAUGACGGAACCUGAGUCGCAGAACUUCCAAUAUGGGUCAACAGCCCCCUAUUUCUUUAGCUCGUUGGCAUAUCAGGACAGGCAGCAGUGCCCAAUUAAUGGGAUCAAUCUAUUCGAUGACAUGAAUAUGAUGGUCACCGAAGACUAUACGAAUAUGUUCCUUGACGGACAAAUUCCAUCCGAAGACUUCAAUCUAUUUGUCGAUCCGGAUCCAAUGGAGAUCACUCCGACCUAA